AGUGGUUUGCAUUCAUGUUGGUUCGACUCGUAUGAAAGAAAAAUAGCAUAAGGGAGAUUUUUGGCACUGGAAUUGGGCGAAACAUUUUCCCUAUGCUCUCCAGGAAAGGGAAUAUCAUCGGCAAAGCAAAAAAGUGGAUUAUACUCAUCUCUUUUUUUAUACUUUUUUCUUUCACUUGGUAUUUGUCAAAAGAAGGCAAGUGCAAACUGUUUACUGCAUACUCUAGCUGGACAUGCUGCAGCCAUAAAAUAUAUAAUGAUGUAUCCUCUUACAGAAUUGUGUACGAUCAGCCCAAUCCCUUCAGGCCUCCGAAAACCAGUUUCAUGGUAUUAACCCCUUGGCUGGCCCCAAUAAUUUUUGAUGGCAUCUACGACCUUAAAAUUCUGAAUGCACAAUUUCACCAGAGAGAUGUCAGAAUCGGCCUUACAGUGUUUGCAGUCAGAAAAUACAACAUUUUUGUCAAGAGUUUAAUUGAAACUGCCGAAAAAUUUUUCAUGGCCGGACACAAGGUCAAUUAUUACGUAUUUACUGAUGAUGUCAGCGCCAUCCCCAAAAUCACAGUGAAAGAGGGCAGGAGCUUAGUGAUCCUGAAAAUCUCAGGCUAUGAACGCUGGCAGGACAUCACCAUGAGGCACAUGCAAUUGAUUCGCGACUAUAUUGAUAAAAAAUUAAUCACUGAGGUUGACUACCUGGCUUGUUUGGACGCCGACAUGAAGUUCACGGAUGAUGUGGAGGUAGAGAUAUUAGGUGAUUUGUUUGGAGUCAUACAUCAUGGCUACAUUGGGAAAUUGCGUGAACAAUUCACCAAUGAGCGUAGGAAUGACUCCGAAGCCUACAUUCCUGUUGACGAGGGAGACUUUUACUACACUGGAUGUUUCUUUGGAGGUUCUGUUACAGAGGUCUACAAGCUGACCAACUUCUGCCACAAUGCUAUGAUGGCAGAUAAGGCAAAAAAUAUUGAGGCAAUAUGGCACGACGAAAGCUACUUAAACAAAUAUUUCCUUUAUCACAAACCAACCAAACUCCUCUCCCCUGAGUAUGCAUGGAAUUACUAUGGCUCAAGCGAUGUUGUAAAAAGGAAAAAAAUCAUUCAUGUCCAUAAAGAUUACAAAGUCAUCCGAGACUGACCAGGAAAAUAAAAAGAGAAAAUACCCAGAGAAUAAUCCAAGACUGAUCACCCAUUGAAGCCAUAAAGAGAAAAUACCCAGAUAAUUAUCCAGAUGGACCUGCAAAAGAGAAAACAUGUUUUUUCUCUUUUUUUAGAAUCUGAACUGUCAGGGAAGUAAACAUUAAAAUCAACUCUCUUCAAA